AAGUUACCAGCGACCGUCGUCGAAUCGAGCCAUUAGGCAGCCAGCUCUCGCUUCAUCGCCAACACGUCGGCCCAACGCCCCAUUGCCUAGCGCGGUCGCUCCACGGCACUGGAGCAGGGCGGCGCCCCAGCAGCAGCGGCGGCGCGCGCCGCGCUCGCCGGCCCGGCCCUUCUCCCCGCGCUCCGCUUCCCCGCGUCGCCCGCCUCUGGUCGGCAGCGCCUCGCCCGCAGCCUCCUCUGCUCGGUUCCUCCCAGCCGGCGCCGAAUUCCCUGCUCUAGGUGUCAGAAUCUCUUCGCUACAGCUUUAGGGAUGUCGUCCUCUUCCACAAUAGAGGGCAAGGAUGGCGAGUUCACCGAGGUUGUGGUAGUGCGGCAUGGCGAGACUUCCUGGAACGCCUCGCGCAUCAUACAGGGGCACUUGGAUGCAGAGCUGAAUGAGAUUGGGAGGCAGCAAGCUGUUGCGGUUGCUCAUCGGCUGUCUAAAGAAGCCAAACCAGCUGCCAUAUACUCGUCAGAUUUGAAGCGGGCGGCAGAGACUGCAAGAACAAUAGCAAAAAUCUGCAAUUUACCAAAUGUUGUGUUUGAUCCUGCACUUAGAGAAAGGCACAUAGGAGAUGUGCAGGGCCUGACGCUUCAAGAUGCUGUCAAAGAAAAGCCAGAGGCUUACAAAGCUUUUAUGUCCCACAAGAGAAACCAGCAAAUUCCUGGUGGUGGAGAGAGUCUUGAUCAACUAUCAGAGCGAUGUGUCUCAUGCCUGUAUAAAAUAGUCGAGAAACAUAGAGGGGAGCGAGUUAUCCUGGUCUCUCAUGGCGGAACCAUCAGAGAGCUCUACAGGCACGCCAGUCCCAUGCCGCUCCGCGGUAAGAUACACAACACGUCGGUUACAGUCGUGCUCGUUUCUGGUGAGACUGGCCGCUGCAUUGUUAAGAUGUGUGGAGAUGUUAGCCACCUUGAGGCCACCGGUGUUCUGGAGAAUGCCUUUGGCGGCGACAAGUCUUCAGCCUAAGAGCACCCUACCUGCAGCAGUUCUUACAUGUAGAGGAUACAGAUACAGUGCCAUUUUUGUCUGUCAUGAUUUUGCUGUAACACAUACGAAUGCGAUAUAUGGAGCGGAUGCUACUUAAAUACGGACACGAAUCAGAUGUUACCCAAUUCGGAGCAUAUAUGGAUUUUAGAAUUUAGUGA